AUGUUAUCCUGGAAUUCUUCCUGUGCGCCUUAUUCCAGGGGGCUUGUGAGGUCUUCGCGCUUGAAGUUGCGCCCGGUGCCGAUUCAUCAGGGACUAUGGCAGAUUCCGAGGAGUGGCUGGCAAUGUCGCAAAAACCAUACUCGUGUCGAUGGAGAACCCCGGCGAUCACUCAGAGUUCCUGCAUCUCCUAGGUUCAACGAGAUUGGCGUUCAGCAACUGAGUGACCAUGUACACCUCCAAGUUUUCCCAAUCCAAGGUCGCAUCCCAGAUCCAGAACUUGUCGCAUUAUCCAAAGACCAUUUAGCCAGACAUGACCUCCUGGGAAAGUCCCAGUCAGGAGGCGAUCCAAUCGCAUUCGACCUACCACCUCUGCAAGGACAAACACUCGACGAGCACUUCUAUAAAUUGGGAAUGGAUGCAUCGGAACCCUACUUGACCUUCGCCAAACACUAUGCAGCCGUGAAUUGCCCCCCAAAGCCUCGCAAAUGGGUUAAGCGCAGUGGGUGGACAAAAUACAACUCGGAUGGAUCUUCCGAGCCUGUGGAUGCACCUGAGGAAGAUAUGCUUACCUUUGACACGGAGGUUAUGUACAAAGACAAUCCGUUUGCUGUGAUGGCUUGUGCUGUGAGCCCGACUACCUGGUAUGCCUGGAUAUCGCCGUGGCUACUUGGAGAAACAGAGGAGAAAAUUCAUUUGAUACCUCUGGGUGACCCAUCCAGCCCUCGUAUCGUGGUUGGUCACAACAUUGGUUAUGACCGCGCGCGAGUUUUGGAGGAGUAUGAUAUGCGCCAGACUCAAAACUUCUAUGUGGACACAAUGUCCCUUCAUGUUGCUGUGAACGGAAUGUGCUCACAGCAAAGACCAACAUGGAUGCGCCAUAAAAAGAAUAAGGAUCUUCGUGACAAGAUUGCUAGCGAGCACAAUUCGGCUGAACUAGCAUCGCUACUCGAAAAUAAUAUGCUGAGAGAAGAGGAAGAAGAACUGUGGGUGGGACGAAGCUCAGUGAAUUCCUUGAGAGAUGUGGCAAAAUUCCAUUGCGAUGUAACUAUCGACAAGGCGCAGAGAGAUUUCUUCGGCGAGCUUGAUCGAGAAACUUUGUUGACAAAACUGGAAGAACUGUUAGACUACUGCGCUGCUGAUGUAGCCAUCACACACCGUGUCUAUCGCAAGGUAUUCCCCAAUUUCUUGGAGACAUGUCCUCACCCUGUGAGCUUCGGUGCUUUACGACAUCUCUCUUCAGUUAUUCUUCCUGUCAAUGAAACUUGGCAAGAGUAUAUCACUCGAGCUGAAGAAACCUAUCACAAACGCCUCGAAGAUGUUCAACGGAAAUUGAUUGAAUUAUGCAAUCAUGCACUGGACGUCAAGGAAAAACCAGAUGUAUACACAACGGAUCCUUGGUUACAGCAGCUGGAUUGGUCUGGCCAGGAGAUCAAGAUGGUGAAAGGUAGAAAGAAGGGCGAUCCGCCACGUCCAGCAGCACGGCAGAAGAAACCGGGCAUGCCUAAGUGGUACAAAGAUCUUUUCCCAUCAAGUAAUGCAGAGAUCAACUUGACUGUCCGAACUCGAAUUGCACCUAUUCUGCUCAAGCUGUCUUGGGAUGGUUACCCGCUUGUUUGGUCUGAUAAGCAUGGGUGGACAUUCCGAGUCCCUCGAGAAGAGGUGAAGAAAUACGAUAAUCAGCCCGUUGUUGUUUGUGAUAUGACCGAGGAGAAAAUUGUUCAGUUACGCGACGACAAGAAGAAUACAUACUUCAAAGUUCCGCAUAAGGAUGGUCCUCAAGCCAGGUGCACAAAUCCGUUGGGUAAAGGCUAUCUGCAAUACUUUGAGCGAGGCAUUUUAUCGUCUCAGUAUGAGCUUGCCAAAGAAGCUUUGGAUAUGAAUGCUUCUUGCUCCUAUUGGAUUAGUGCUCGUGACAGGAUCAUGAGCCAAAUGGUGGUCUACCAGGACCAAGUUCAAUCCCACGGCAUGCAAGACAAGAGUGACGGUCGAGUCGGAUUUAUUCUACCUCAAAUCAUUCCGAUGGGCACUAUCACCCGGCGUGCCGUGGAGAAUACUUGGCUCACCGCGAGUAAUGCGAAGGGAAAUCGUGUUGGAUCAGAGCUCAAGGCUAUGAUCAAGGCACCUCCGGGUUAUUCGUUUGUUGGUGCUGAUGUUGAUUCACAAGAACUCUGGAUUGCCAGUCUUGUUGGAGACGCGUCCUUCCAGAUACACGGAGGAAACGCCAUUGGUUUUAUGACACUGGAGGGAUCCAAAGCACAAGGGACCGAUCUGCACUCUCGCAGUGCUCAGAUUCUGGGAAUCUCUCGUAAUGAUGCUAAGGUUUUCAACUAUGGGCGCAUUUACGGAGCUGGUCUCAAGUUUGCGGCCACCCUUCUCCGGCAGUUCAAUCCAUCUUUGACCGAACGUCAAACACAGGAAACAGCAGCAAAUCUUUACAAGGAGACCAAAGGCGUGCGAACCUCCCGUCGUAUUCUCAGCGAAACCCCGUUCUGGCGAGGCGGCACUGAAUCAUUUGUGUUCAAUAAGCUCGAGGAAUUUGCCGACCAAGAGAGGCCACGAACCCCUGCUCUUGGUGCUGGAAUCACCGAAGCCCUCAUGCGCCGAUUCAUCAACAAAGGUAGCUUUAUGACAUCUCGAAUCAACUGGGCCAUUCAGUCAUCUGGAGUUGAUUAUCUUCAUCUGCUCAUCAUCGGCAUGGACUAUCUGAUAAGGCGAUUCAAUAUUCAAGCUCGCUUGGCAAUCACAGUCCACGAUGAAAUCCGUUACAUGGUGAAAGACGAAGAUAGGUACCGUGCAGCCAUGGCAUUGCAAAUCACCAAUCUGUGGACGCGUGCCAUCUUCUCUCAACAAGUGGGCAUUGAUGACCUUCCCCAAUCUUGUGCCUAUUUCUCUGCUGUUGAUGUCGACCACGUGCUUCGCAAAGAAGUUGAUAUGGAUUGCAUCACACCAUCACACCCACACAAAAUCCCUCACGGCGAAACUUUGGACAUUGCUCAGUUAUUGGAAAAGGACGAGCAGGCUUUCUUGGACCUUACUAUUACACCAACCUCCCCCCCUCGUCCAGAGAACUAUGUCUACGAGCCACGCGAGUCUGUCAUGUCAGCCCUGCAAGCAUCUAACGAUGUGGAUUUCAUUAAAGCCCAGAUCACCAAGGAUGAUAAAGAGCUCCGUGACAUCAUUAAAGAGAAGACCCGCGUAACAACCACCGCGAAACCCGCCGUUUCAAGAUCUCCCGCAAAAGCUCGCGGCAAAACGAACAGCUGGCCUUCAGCGGAGCCUCAGCGUGCUGUUCUCAUGGACAUGGAGUCUGGCUUAUAUCCAGACUUCCGAAGUCCCCCUCGCACUACUCCUACCUCUACCCAUGGAGGCAAGUCGUCUCAAGUGGGCUUUGAUCGCCCUACUUGGAAACCCAGACCCUUUGCUCGAGCUUAA